UGAACGAACACCUGUUCAAAAGACGUAACGAGUUCAAUACUUUUUCAUUCCUUCAUUACGACUACUGUAAAGAUUUAAGGUGCACAUAACUUAAAAUACCCCUGAUAAAAAAAAGACCAUUUAAAAAGUGGCCAAAAGAAUGCAAAAUUUAGGUGGCAAACAGAACUUAUCGUUUUAUGCAGACGAUGUUCAGGUGAAUGUCACAAUCCUCGAUUGAGAAUCAGUCCUUUGGGAUGAAAGGCGGUUGAAGAUACAGUAAACCACAUGUCCUGCUCAUAUGUUUCUCAGACUUCAGUUGCGUCUGAUCUUCGUAUAUUCUGCGUGUUAACAUGUGCCCUUUUGUGUUUUGGAGCAAUCCUCAAUUAGUUGCAGUGAAGAUCUAACGGCUUUCACUUCACUGAACUCAAGAUUGUGAGUGCUGAGGUAAAUUCUCGCGAUGCCUCGCCCUCUCUCUUCAUGUUUCUCUGUUUCGACCGUCGCCUUUGAGAUGAAAUCCGUUCGCCUUUAGGCUCAUUAGCAGCUGCGCAUCGUCUCUAAGCCCCUUGUGGCCGCGGGCUCAUAUAAUGUCCGCAGAGUAGUGGACUUCGUGUGUAUGGAGCUCCGUCCACUGCAUUCGGCAAACAUUGAGUUUCAUCUGCAUAUCUUUUUCAUUCUGGAGGAAAUUUGUCUGGAACUCCGUCUGUGAAAGAGUUGCAAGCAAUUUCUUCUCGUCAAUUCUCUUGUUGGAUCGCGACUAUCGGAGGUGUAAUUUUUGAUUGCUGGGCUCUCGUCAAAAAUAUGUUUUGCAUAGCAGUUAGGGUUUAGUUUCAGAGAAGGCCAUUAAAAAAGUUUUUCUCUUUUUUACAGGCCGAAACAGUCAAGAAACCUGGUUUCUGAGUUCAUGAGAAAUUGAAUUUUAAAAUUCACUUAUUUACUUCUUUUCGUUCCAGUUAUUGCACCUCGAACAGUAUUUCCAGCAUUUAGGUCUAAUAUUUCCUCUAGCCGUGCUUUUCUCGGUAAUAGCGACACUCGUGUGUGUCUAGAAUUGCAGAAUUUGUUCGAGGAGCAUAGUUGCUUCUAGAGAGUAGGAUUCUCUAAAUCUCCCCAUCCCAAUUUGCAGUGGGUCUGUUGUGUAAUGGUGAAGAGCUUGUAGUUCGACAGCCUGCGCACAAGUAUCUCAAGCCAUGCCUGCGGUGGCAGAAACUUUACGCCACCUGCAGCAUGUGGACGAAGAGCCUGCCUUGUGCAAACUAGUCCCUUCCCUGUUCUCCUCCUUUGUAGAUACAUUCGUAGACUAUGUGGUUGGAGGGCAGGUCCUCAAGAGGCUGGAGGCCCCCUCCGUUGAUCCGAAUGCAGUUGGCUCAGCCUUCACAAAGCUGGAUGGAGCUCCUCCGAUUGUUCUCAAGGAGAAAGGGCUUCAGACAUGGCUGCCGGCCCCCAAGCGCUUGAUUGCCGUAGGCGACAUCCACGGGGAUUUAGCGAAAGCACGGGCAGCCUUGCAUGUUGCUGAAGUAAUCGACGAGAAUGACCACUGGAUCGGUGGUGAGACUGUUGUUGUCCAGGUGGGAGACUUGUUGGACAGAGGUGGUGAAGAGAUCAAAGUUAUUUAUCUGCUGGAAAAGCUGCGAGGAGAGGCGCAAAAAGUAGGAGGGAAUGUUCACAUUAUGAACGGAAACCACGAAAUCAUGAACAUAGAGGGCGAUUUUCGCUACGCCACUCCUCUUGGGCUAGACGAGUUUCAACGCUGGGCGCACUGGUUCAAUUUAGGCAACGUCUUGAAGGAGAAGUGCGCAGGUCUCGGAAAAGAAGCAGAUAUAUAUCGUGACAUUUCAGACUCUUAUUCAGCUGGUUUGCGAGCUCGGAUUGCGGCAUUGAGACCUGGUGGUCCCCUUGCUUCACGGUUCCUAGCAAAACAUCCGACAGUGUUAGUUGUUGGGAGCUCGGUCUUUGUCCACGGCGGGCUACUGCCUGUCCACGUUGAACAUGGACUCGAACGCAUCAACCAAGAGGUGAGCGAGUGGAUGCUGGGCACCAAGGGGUGGAGGGGUCCUCGCUACUUGCACGGUGGCAAUGCACUCGUUUGGCUACGAAAAUAUUCUGACGUGAAGGAAAGCGAAUGUGAUUGCGAUCUUCUAAAAAGAUGCUUAGGGUCAAUAGAUGGAGCCAAGAGGAUGGUGGUCGGGCACACGAUUCAACAACCGAUAGGUCUUAAUGGUGCAUGUGACAACAAGGUGAUCCGUGUGGACGUUGGUUUAUCGAAAGGCUGCAGCGAUGGGAUGCCUCAAGUGCUUGAGAUACGUGGAGAUAGCGAGCUGCGUAUUCUCAGCUCACGAUUACCUCCCACUGUGAUUGAGUCUGGUGACAAAAAAGAUAUUGUGGAGGAGAAGCAGGGGCUUGCAUCAUUGCUAGCAGAAGCACCCAAGAGGUACGCUUGAUCAACAUUCACCUAAUUAAUUAGGUAUACGCUUAGUCUGGUAGACGUCAUUUUUUCUCCCAUCAUACAAGACUAGUGGUGUCGCAGGUCUGAAGCAGCCACGGAUACUGCUGCCUUGUAAGUAGCUGGAUAAGAUCAGAAAAAAGAAGUUUUAAGCUUUGUGGUGCAGCUGAAACUGAAAACCCUCAAUUUUCCGUCAGCGUGUGAAGAAAAGUCUGCUGCAUGUUAUUCAACGUCUGACAUUGUUCUUAAUAAAGAUGGUGGCCUUUGUGCAAACACCGCCAUUCCUGUUA